AGUCAGACUCAGUUAUGUAUGUUCUUCAACAAAAAAUCACUUAGUAAACUCCCGAAGAAAGUGCUCCCUCCUCGUCUUCUCAAAAUCAUACAAAAUCCCCUUAAACCCUAAAUUAUCUCUCUCCAAUCAGGUCUCUCGGCCAACCCACUUCGCCAGCUCUCUAUCCUUCAUUGCUAGCAGCCAUGGCUCUAGAAGAUGAAGUAGCAGAAGGUUCGCCUUCUCCAAUUCUCAAGUCCCAAGAGUCUGAUGAGAAAAGUGAAGCUCUUUCACUAGAAGAUAUUGCUUGGGUCAACUCUUGUUUGAUCAAAGAAUCUGAAAUUCCUGAUGGUAACUGGAAUUCUGUGACAGAUGCUUUGCUAGAAAAUCUGAGCUCUCAGCCUGGUUUGUAUAAUUCUGCAUCUGUUAGUGAUGCAAUUCACAAGUCCCAAGAGUCUGAUGAGAAAAGUAAAGCUCUUUUACUAGAAGAUAUUGCUUGGGUCAACUCUCGUUUGAUCAAAGAAUCUGAAAUUCCUGAUGGUAACUGGAAUUCUGUGUCAGAUGCUUUGCUAGAAAUUCUGAGCUCUAAGCCUGGUUUGUAUAAUUCUGCAUCUGUUAGUGAUGAAUGUUCUCAAGAUAAGGACGUCGAGAUGGUUACUUGCACUGAAAGUGCAGAAGAUGGUCAGCUUUCGGGAACAAGAACUGAAAGUGGGGAGGAGUCUCCAAGACAUGCUAACAAUCUUCUUUCCAUUAUCGAAGAAGCUGGAAGUAGUAGUGACAUUUCUCCUAUCAGGGACCCUAAUGAUUCACAGUCGGUCACUUUUGUAGGAAAUCCGUUUUUGCCAAGCUACAUUGAAGGCUCGAGUGCAACUGAAACUGCUGAGUUAGAAACUGAUCCAAGUUAUUCGGUGGACGAGAUAGAACCAUUAGCUGAUGAUAUCUUCAAGGUCUGGGAUUUGAGUAUCCCAGCAGAAGAAAAUGAGCUUGACAAGCAGUUGAAUAAGAUCCUUGAGGAAAGUGACCCUCAGUUGAAACCAUCGAUUCUUAAUGAUUCUGAUAUCCAGAAAGAUUUGAAAGAAGUGUCACUUGAUGAUGUAAUUGCUGCAAUUGCGGAGAUCUCUAUAAAUGAAAAUUUUAGUUAGGUAAAUGGAAAGAAAAAGAAAUCCAUGUUGCUCAUUUUUCUUCUUGUCACACAUUAGUGAUUGACACUAACAAGGCAUUUGGUUUCAUGGAGAUUAGAAUAGUGACACCCCAUUUAAGAGUGUAAUUCUCUGUGAUUAUGGUUAGCAAUAUAUUGUUCACUUUUCCUAG